UAUAAUGCAGUUUUAUGUCAAUGCAGUCAGUGAGAAUGGAGAUUAAAGAUACACAUUCGGUUUCUCCAGGUUUCGCGGGGCUUUUGCCGCUAGAAAGACCUCCAAAGUACUUUGGGGUUGAUGUCGACGGGACUUUUCACACGAAGAAUGAGGGGGCGUGGAGGAGGAAUAUCGAGGCUUUCGCAGAAGUCAGGAAGAGAGGGUUCACGCCCUUCUUCUCUACAGGCCGGUCCUUAGUUUCUGCAUUAAGACUUGUUGGAGAAGAGUUCAAGGCAAAGACCGGAUAUCAUGGUUACCCUGGAGUGUAUAAUAACGGUGCCGUAGUUUAUGAUGGGAAUGGUAGUAUAAUAUCCUUGGGUGUAUUUUCUAGGGAAUUCAUGGUAAAAUUUUGCGACUUUUUGACUUGUGAAGGUUUGGUCGGUAAAUGUAUAUUCUAUACGGACAACUAUGAGUUUUCUCUUGUGGAGGUUGACGAUGAUCUAAGAUUCGUUUUGCAAUCUAGGCACCUGGGACUUCCAGAAAUAAAACCAAUUGAUGAAAUUCUGGAAAUGUCCAUUGUUGGAAUAUCACUUUUAUGUAAAGAGAUCAAUAUUCCGGGUCUUGAGAGGGAUGUUGAUUAUGUUGAGAAACAUGUCGAAGAUGAUUUUUAUGAUUUAAGCACUCCCAAUACAACAAAAGGACAGGGAGUCGCAGUUUUAUUGGAGCAUCUUGGAGCUACAUUUGUUGACUUUGGGUAUAUUGGUGACGGAGACAACGACACUGAGAAUAUGGAUCUCUCUAGUCUUUCGUUUGCAGUUGCCAAUGCCCCAAAUCAUGUAAAAGAACAUGCCAAGUUUGUUCUUGAUAUGACAUGCGAUGAAGCUGCGGUUGCAGAGGUAUUCAAACGCAUUUAUAAAUUGUAA